UGGCUCAGGCCCGGCUCUCCGCGUGGCCCAGGCCAGGGGAGCGGAGCCGCUGCCUCGCUUCUCUCAUGCACCGACUGAGCCGCGCGCUGCUGCGGGCCCUGGCCCGGGCCCCGCUGCUCCGGCAGCCCCCGGGCCCCGGCCGGCUCCUGCCCGCUGCCCUGCGGCCGGGGAGCCCGGGCGGCCUCUCCACCCGGCCCCGGCGGGAGCCGCCCGCCGCCCCGCAGCGCCCUGCGGCCCAGGGGCCGGGCGGCGAGGAGGAGCAGUUCGUCUUCCCCGAGUACGUGCCCGAGCCGGGCCCGGCGCCGGCCAGGGAGCCGCCCGCCGCCCCGGGCCGCCCGGAGAGGAGGCCGCGGGAGAAGCGGCAGCACCGGGUGACGGGGCGGCCGGACCCGUCGGUGCCGCCCAGCGGGGUGAGCUGCUCGGGCUGCGGGGCGGAGCUGCACUGCCGGGACCCCGCCGUGCCCGGCUACCUGCCCAGCGAGAAGUACCGCAGCCUCAUGGAGGCACACCGGGCCCUGCAAGGGGUGGUGUGUCAGCGCUGCUGGCUCCUGGUCCAUCACCAGCAGGCGCUGCACAUGCAAGUGUCCCGGGAGCAAUACCGCAAUCUGGUGAGUGCUGCCCUGCGCAGCCCCCCACGCCACGGACGCCGCCCCCUGGUGCUAUACAUGGUAGACAUGCUGGACCUGCCCGACUCGGUGCUACAGGACCUGCCUCAGCUGGUGGGUGCAGGGUCCAACAUCCUGGUGGUGGGCAACAAGGUGGACCUGUUGCCUGGGGACUCUCCAGACUAUCUGAAGCGCUUCCGAAAACAGCUGCUGAGGAGCUGUGCGCGUGUGGGCAUCCUCCCUGCAGCCCAGGGCUCUGGGGGCCAGGUUGGCAGGCCUGGGAGCCAGAACUUGGUGGAUGUGCACCUGAUCAGUGCCAAGACAGGCUAUGGAGUGGAGGAGCUGAUCUCCAAAUUGCAGCGCUCUUGGAAGUGCAAUGGCGAUGUGUAUCUCGUAGGAGCUACCAACUCCGGCAAAUCCACACUGUUCAAUACUCUGCUGCAGUCUGACUAUUGCAAGUCCAAAGCCCCGGAGGUGAUCAACAGAGCAACAAUCUCGCCCUGGCCAGGCACAACUUUAAACCUCCUGAAAUUUCCAAUUAUUAACCCUACAUCUGACAGACUGUUCAGGAGACAGGAGAGGCUAAAAGCAGAUGCAGAAAAAACUGAAGAACAACUUAGUGAUGAUGAACAAAAGUAUCUUAAAUGCCUUAAAAAGCAAGGUUAUUUAAUAGGAAGAGUUGGAAGAACAUUUCAACAACAGAAGUCAAAAGCUGUCAUUGACUUUGAUCCUGAUGAGCUCUCUUUUAACAUGGAAGAGGAGCCUGUCUUUUCAUCCAACAAGCCUAAAGAGAGAGUGGAAUUUACAUACAAUGAACUGAAAGAUGCUCGCUGGUUUUUUGACACGCCAGGGAUUGUAAAAGAAAAUUGUGUUUUAAAUCUUCUAACAGAGAAAGAAGUAAAGCUUGUCUUGCCGACACAUGCCAUUGUUCCACAGACCUUUGUACUUAAGCCUGGAAUGGUUUUGUUUCUAGGUGCUUUGGGACGCAUAGACUAUUUGCAGGGAGCAAAAUCCUCCUGGUUUUCUGUUGUGGCUUCUAACCUGUUGCCAGUCCAUGUUACUACCCUGGAGAAAGCAGAUAGCGUCUAUCAGAAGCAUGCUGGAAAAACAUUACUGAAGGUUCCCAUGGGGGGUGAAGAGCGAAUGAAGGAAUUCCCACCGCUUAUUCCUCAGGAAAUUACGCUGGAAGGAAUUGGCACCCUUGAGGCAGUGGCUGACAUAAAGCUGUCCUCUGCUGGUUGGGUUGCAAUAACCGCUCACUUGGAAGACAAACUACAGCUGCGAGCCUAUACUCCUGAAGGGACAACACUGAUGAUACGUAAACCUCCUCUGUUGCCACAUAUCGUUGACAUCAAAGGGAACCGCAUCAGAGGAAGUGCAUCCUAUAGAACUAAAAAGCCACCUCCCCUAGUGGAAAACUUAAAGGCAAAUGGAACAAAUAAACAAAUAAAUAAAAGGGUAUCUAAAAUUUAAGAAGCACAGGAGCUGGGAAGCCCUUGGACAUAUGUGUUGCUUACAGACAAUUAUGAAAACAAUUAUUCAUAGAAAACACAUUCUGAUUUUAAGACUGACUUCUGUAAAACAUGUUUGAAAGACCUUGCAAAUGCAGAUUUGAAGUUUGUAUCAGGCUACUGCGUAGUGCAGCUCAUGGGAUCAUGUGAUUUGCAGUCUCUACUUCCCAUUACCAGAUGGCCUGUCUCAUUCAGAUUCUUUAGUUCUGCAUUCGACAGACAGAUUUGGCAUCACUUCACAUUAUUGCUGGUUCCCCUACAGUGAGUGGAGUAUGGCUGCCGUCAGGAAGGGAGGGUCAUCUCAGUUACAGCAGGAGGGCUUUAGUGAAGCUGUCAGAACUUGUAAGUCUUUCUGGUUGCUACCGAUAUUUGGACAGGAGACACAUUGCUUGUUUUUUGUCUUUUCGCAUGAAAUUAGUGAUAAAGAUUUCAGAAAGAAGGCCCUAGAGACCAUCCUACUAGGUCUCUUUGCAAUAAUGUAGAACUUUAAAGAUAAGCAGACACCACCUAGGGGAACACUGUGUAUAGCUGAAGGGAGGAAAUCAGUCUUAUGCCUCAACUGAGAGCUCCUGCAAAACAUUCCCAUGCUGUGAUUUGCCCUAAAUGCACAGUCAUCUGUCUCUUCAUCAUGAUAACUGUGACAGGUUGGACCCCUUGGGAAGCCACCUGAUGUGCUGAGAUGCCACUGAAUCUACCUGUUGUGCCAGCAUGGGCCCCCUUUAACCUGUCUUGCUGAGCCAGGCUCUUAAAGCCUCCUCUAACACACACACUCAGGCAGGGCCACACCCAGCUGCAGAUCAGCUCUGGGAAGACUCAGCUUCAGGGACUUGCUGUAAUGUCAUUUGUAGGUGUUUUUGCAAAGUUCUGGGUUUCUGUUACCAGAAAAUAUUUUGGCAUGUAGCAUUGUGUACAUAAUGCAGAUGUCAAUAUCUUUUAAAGUGGAGGUGUCUUGGUAUUUAGCCACCAAUGCCAUGAGGCAGUGUGCCUCAGUUUCCCCUUCCACACAGCGGUCUUGAUCGGCUAUGCUUUCUCCACUGUGCCAAGCUCUAAGCCUGUCUACAGGGACUAGCUGAGAAGCAGUAUUCUCAUAGGACUUUCUUGUGACCACUCCUAGACUGUACCAAAGAUUUUUCCCCAAAUCAUGCAUCUUACACAUUUUUUAAAGUAUUUACCACCGGUAUCAAAUUCUUUGUCUUAACCCACUGUGUGUGUAGUAAGAGACAUAAAGUUACCAGCACAUUCAUGACAGAGAGGCGCUUCCACGUAUGAUUAUCAUACCACGCCUUCUGUCUAAACAGAUCAGUUUGUUCAGCAUUUAUUAUAUUUCUCAUCACCUCAGUGAAGGUUCUUAUUUUGGGUAUGUUUGGGGGGUUUUGGCAAGGAAAGGGUGUAAGGAGACCUUGUAUGUUAAUGGCCCUCUCCCUGUGGAGUUGCAUUUCCUCCCCAGGGUUAAGCCCAUGCUAAGAACUUGCUCUCCUGAGAUUCCUUUGUGUUGUUCACCCCCAUCACUCACUGUCUGAUGCUUAGCUGUGGGGAGGGUUUACCUGCCUGGGAAGUGUCUGUCUCUGCCCCUUCAUCCGGUGGAUCAUUAGCAUGUUCAGAGACACCAAAAUGCUUGGAAGAAACCUUCCCCCUUCCCCACCGCCUUAAAGAGACAGAGUUAGUUUUCACAAGUACUGCAAGAAAAACAUUUUGCAAAAGUGGGGCCUGGAUUGGGGAACCCUCUGUCACCUCUCUCGCUGUUGCAAUUAGUCAGCUGUAUGGAUGCUCCCCUCCGAGAGGUCAGAUACACAGUUCCCCUGAGCCACAGGGCAGGUUCCUGGGAUCACAGAUGCAGAUUCAGCAAAUUUCUCCUGGGCAAACUCUUCCCUGCAGUGAGUGAGGAGACAUUCCUGUACUCCCCCCACAUUCCCUCUUAGCCUCUUUCUCUGGGCCCCCUGCCAGGACACACACCCCUGCACUCCCUGGAGGGCAAUCUGUCCCCUCUCCAGCUGUGGGCUCACAGCUACCAGCCAUGCCAGACCCUUCACUGGCAAGCCGUGUACCCUCCUUCGUCUUUGGAUUGGGCUGGCCUCCAGGUACAGAGCCCAUGGAAUCCUGACCCCCCACAGCAGUUUCUCGGAUACCAUCUUCUCCCUCUACGGCUUCCUCCAGGACACAUUUCCCUAUGCAUCCUAGAGCAGGAUCUGUCUCUUGCUUAACUACAACUUCCUGGCAGCCAGCCACCUGGACAGUCUCCUUACCGUCAGGCAAAACAUUCCCCUCCCCUGAGGGAACAGCCACUGGACUGGAGCUGGUUCUACCCAUCCCCACCCCUCGUGGCAAUUUGAUUUGCAGGGCAGUAGAGGAAUUAAAGAGACUCAUUUACUCAGCAGUUUCUGUAGCUCUGCUCAUUCCCACUGGGGUUCCAGCACAAGAUUUCUCCUGGCUGCUGACAGACCCCUGUAUAGCCCUAGCCACAUUGAAAUUGUGUUGGGUUAUGAGAAACUGCAGCCACAGUUAGGUCAGUUUGCAAAUCCCCAGUUUCUAUGUGCAUUUUAGCCAAAACUCGCUUAAACUCACCACCAGUGUUUCAGGGCAAUAAGCAGUGCACACUAUCCUGCCUGACUAUGCCACUCUGAUGGGUUGGACCCCUUGGGAAGCCACCUGAUGUGCUGAGAUACCACUGAGUCUACCUGUUGUGCCAGCAUGGGCCCCCUUUAACCCGUCUUGCUGAGCCAGGCUCUUAAAACCUCC